AUGGAUGAUGAUGAGAAGAAGGACAUGUGUCCUAUCUGUAAAACAGAUCGCUAUUUGUCUCCAGAUAUGAAGUUUCUAGUCAAUCCAGAGUGUUACCAUAAAAUAUGUGAAUCCUGCGUCGAUCGUAUAUUUAGCCUGGGACCCGCCCAGUGUCCAUAUGAAGGCUGUGACAAGAUUCUAAGGAAGAAUAAGUUUAAGACUCAGAUAUUUGAUGAUGUUGAUGUUGAGAGGGAAGUGGAUAUUAGGAAGAGGGUAUUCAAUGUGUUUAAUAAGACGAUGGAAGACUUCGAUGGCGAUUUGAAUGCAUAUAACAAGUAUUUUGAGGAGGUAGAGGAUAUAAUCUACAGUUUGGACAAAGGAAUUGAUGUUGCGAAGAACGAGGAGAAGUUGCGAACUUAUGAGGAGUUGAAUAAACAGCUAAUAAUGGUGAAUAUAGAGCGAAAUAAGCAAAGCAUGGAGAACUUUGAGCAGAGGCAGAAGUUUGAGAAGGAGAUGAAGCUGAAGAAGAGGAUGUUGGAGCGUCAAAUAAAAGAGGAAGAACGUGCGAACAAGGAAUGGGCGAAGCGGGAGAUUGUCAACCAGCUAUCAUCGGAAAUGGAUGCUGACGAAGUCAUCGAGAAUGUUAAGAAGACUGUUAAAUUGAAGAAGUCGUCGGCUAGAAGAAAGUUGGAAGAGCUCAAUAAGGUCUUGAGAAAUAAUCCGUAUAUGACAGUAUCGAACGGACGCAUGAAGAAGCAGGAGAAAGUUCCUUUCACGCCAUUCAAUGGUGAUAGAGAACUACAUAAGAGGUACGAUUUGGCGGAAUCCAAGUAUCAUGAUCCAUAUAUUCAAAGCCUACAAUCUAAAAAGGCUUAUAUUGCAUCUGGUUUCAAACCUGAGUACGUGUACAACAGAUUAUUAACGGAGGCAUUUCUAGGGUUGGGCUGUAUUAUACAAGAAGAGCUAUAG